AUGGAGGAAGAGGCCUUUGACGUCGACGAAGAAGCAGGCUUUACUAGCGACGGGGAUCGACAGCGCUCAUUGAAGGAACAAGUCCAAUCGCCUCGCCAGAGUGAGUCCUUAAGUGCCCGAAGGGCUGGGGAGUCAUGUGAGGCAACUGGAUCCACAAAUAUCACUGUUGUUCAGCAACGAAUUCUGACAAAGAUGCCCAGUGGCGACGUCCGGGAAGACCGUUGGCUGCAGCAAGGUUCGUUGCAGAAAAUGUUCUCACCAGCUUUCUCAAGGCGAGGUGCUGAAGGCCAAGCAGGGAAAGUGGUAUCUUCUUCGUCGCCCACUGGAAGUUCAAAGUCAGGGAAGAUCUCAGAGCAGGCGGCGAAAUUCCCGCCAGCUGGAACGACAACUCCGAAGGAAAUCGAGGAGGCGGAUUUGCUUUUUGUCCCAGAUGACGAUCAGGAGUGGCAGCGUCCUCGACGGCCACCUGGUUCGGGUGAAGGACCUUCAAAGCAGCUGACUGGGCCAAUCGUCUCGGUACCAGCUCCUUCUGCAAAACCUGAGGCCCAGCAUGAGGAAGAGGAGUGGCUAGAAAGGAAGAGGGUGACAGGUGUGAUAGGCCGCUUGGUUCAGUACCAGACAGGUGAAGUACCCGCGAAGGACGUCCUGGGCUUGAGCCGGACAUGUCAUGGACGUCUUAUGGUGACGGCUGUUCGCGGGGAUGGUCCGGCGGCCCGGGCUGGCGUCAUCGCAGGCGACCAGUUGAUCUCCAUUGAUGGCGAGAAGAUUUGGGAGUACUACCCUGCAAAGGCAGUCUUGAGUGGCGUUAGAGGGCCCGCAACCCUGAUCUUCUUGGGUUUCUCUGGGAAACUCCAGGCAGAAGUCCGGGUGAAGCAGCCAGAUGAACCGCGUCUGGGGCUACCUGCGCAAGUCAGUGUAUCAUCGAAGGUGUUGCAGAAGUCGAAGCGCGAUGAUGAUCGCCGGAGACGCUGGGUGGAAGCCCAAAAGCCUCAAGCCCCUCCAUCACUGCACCUGCUUGACCCGGUGCUGCCUCGCCCUGCGGCUUUGGGAAUGUUCGGAAUGGUGCAAGGGUACACUUCGGGACAGGAGUUGCCUCCGGCUAGCCUGGCUUCCAAGGCGCAAGGCCAAGGCCAAGGCCGGAAGCGUCCCGCAGUUCGGGGAGCGGGCUCCAAAAAGCGGCCACGUGAGGAAGACGAGGAGGCCCUUCCAGAUCUUGGUGAUGCAGCAUCCAGUCACAAGGAACCACCACAGGAGGAGGCUGAUGACGAUGCUCCUUUGAUCAGUAUGAUGCCAGACGCAAAGGUAGCGAAGACAGCUGAACCUGAGGAAGAAGAAAGUCUCCCAAGCUUUGCAGCUGCGGCAAAGGACAGCAAAGGAAUGGAGGAGUGUCACAGUGUGAUUACCGUCAGUGCUACUGUUUCGUUUGUUAAAGGCCGCAGCUCUACACAGGUCCCACGGCCGCGGAUUUUGCCGCGACAACUCCACAGCGGUGGAUUUAGCACAGCUGACAGCAAGGGAGUUGUCGCGGUGGGAGUUGGCCUUGCCUCGGUGACUUUGCGCAGGAAAGGCCGGAACUGUUCCGUCCCGCGUGUCCCGCGUGCGGCAGUGGAUGAGCAAGAGAGCUUUUCAGAGCUGGCAGAAUGGCUGCGAGCUCGGGGUGCCUACAUCAACAAGGCCGUGGGUUUGGUUGGAGCUGACCAGGGUGUGGCGGCAGCGUCCGAACGCGGCUGUGUGGCUUUGGAAGACAUCCGCGCGGGGGAACUCCUGCUGGAAAUCCCGGUGAGUUGCUGCCUCUCAGUGAUACCAGGUUCAUACGACCAAGUCUUCGACGAAGAGCUGCUGAAGGCUGUUGAUGUUGCAGGUCUCAGACGGCAGGAUGCAGAACUGGCAUUAGCCGUGGCUGUGGAGCGAGAACUCGGAGAAGAAUCUGCGUGGUGGCCAUAUUUGAAGCUGUUGGAUUGUAAGCACACGUUUCCACUAUUUUAUGAAGAUGGAGACCUGGAGAUGUUGGAGAACAUCCCAUUAAAGGAGUCCUUGACAGUGACCAAUCGAGCAGUGCAGCUCUUGGUGGAGAAGAGCGGCCUCGCAGAUGUCCCGCUGCGGGAGUCGCUGAUGUUGGUUUGGGGUCGCAGAUUCUCCUGCGAUGUGGCCACGGGGAUGAUUCCCCUGGGGGAUUUGUUGAAUCAUCGCUUCUACCCCAGUUGUGCCUGGGAAUCACCAACACCUGAGAGCCCAGACGUUUGGAAGCUCCGAGCGAAGAUGGAUAUGGCAGCAGGGGAUUCCCUGAACUUUUGCUAUUGCGAGGACCCCAAUCACUUGCUGAUGACGACAUCAGGCUUUGUUGUGAAGGAGAAUCCUUAUGACCGGAUCAUGGUGAGACCAAGCGAUUUGCGAAAGGCGCUGUUGUCGGUCUGCAAUGAAAAAAGCUCCGAGGACUUUGCAAGCUGGCGCGAGCAGCAAAUCGAGGAGCAACUACCAGAUCCAGAAGAAGAAGGAGUUGGACUUAGCAUGUACUUGGUUGGUCGUCAGCCUGGAGGAAUCCAAUGGAAUGACCUAUGGUUGAACAUGAUAGGACUUGCAGUGACGGAGGAUCCAAACGGUGAGCAUUGGAGUGCAACACCUGAAGGUCUCCAGAUGUAUUUGGCGGCAAUGGAAAAGGCGUCCUGGAGUUUGUUUCCUCAAUCCUUGGAGCAGGACCUUGCUCAGGGUGAGGACUUUGCGGAUUCCAACCAGGAGAUGGCAGCGACUAUGCGUCGUGGCUACAAGGAGUUGUUGAAAGAAGCAGUGGAUAAGCUGAAAGACCGGCUUGCUGCAGGUUGA